ACUAGUGGUGAGUUGUGCGCCCCAUCACAGACACCCUUACUGACAACAGCCAGACCAGGGAUAAACAGGCCAUUGCUCCCCCCGUGUGCAAUCUCGUUCUGCUGCCCUUGCUUCUGGGUUUCUGAAGUGCCCAGCCAAUAAUAAUCCAGCUCAGGAAUGUUAGUUGGCAUUGAACUGCUAAAUAAAAGGUUUUGUUUUCCACUGCUAUCAGUGUAAGGCUUGCUGCUGCUACAAAACAUUAUAGUUUUCCUUCCACAAAUUAGUAAACUUCCCUUUGAGUUGAUGCCCGUGAAAAUUCAGUAUCAGUUCCUUGCCGGGGGAAAACCAUACUGCAGAGGGUUGAACUGAAAUAAUGGAAUCGGUAGGAGGCACCAGAGAAACAUCUGUCACUAAAAAGGAAGCUUCAUGAUGAAACAUACCAGUCGGUCUGGAGGAACAGGCGGAGGUUUGUGCAUUGUGCCUUUUGUCUUCAGAACUGGUGAUAAAAGAAACUUUGGACUUGUGCCCUGAACAAUAAGCAGUGGAACAGAAUCUGAGUCUAUUAAAUGUACUCCAUCGCAUUCAGAUAAACUAAUCUGUGCUGAACCAAAGCUUUUCUUGUGGAGUUAGUUAAUUGCACAGUGAGCUACAAAGAAGCAGUAACUGUGCAUCAGAACAAACCCAGAAAUGAACUGCAGCAACAGCAGCAUCAAAGUGCCCGAAACUUUUCAUCUCAUUCAGCUGAUAGUGUACAUCCCAGUUUUCCUUUCUGGAAUCCUACUGAAUGCUCUGGCUUUCUGGGUGUUUUGCUAUAAACUGUCUAAAUGGACAGAAACCAGAGUGUACAUGAUCAACUUAAUGAUUGCCGAUUGUUGCUUGCUCUUCACUUUGCCCUUUAAAGCAUUUUCCCACAACCAUGCGCUGCCCCGAGAUAACAAGUGCUUGGCUCUAGAAGCUACAUAUUUUAUAAACCGGUACGCAAGCAUCUAUAUUAUCACUAUCACAGCUGUCGAUCGAUACAUUGCAAUAAUGUACCCCCUAAAAUCAAUGACUCUGAGGUCCCCAUUCAAGGCAGCUGUCGCCAGUGGAUUUCUAUGGCUACUAGUGAUAAGUUUUGUUUGCUUAGCUCAAGUAUUGGAAGAGCAAGAAAACCGCGGGAUUUGCUUUGAAAAGUUUUCCAUUGAGCCAUCCAAAGCGACAUUAGCCUUUAGUAUUGGGGGAUUUUUUAUACCAUUAAUCAUCUUGAGCUUUUGUUCAAUUCAAAUAAUUAAGAAGCUUGUGAGAAAGAAGAAAACAAAUCCAUAUGAGGAAAAACUAAUCCAGAAAGCGAUCUACAUUGUUUCUGCAAACAUGGCUGUGUUCAUAAUAUGCUUUUUGCCUGUUAAUAUUGGGCACAUUGUUCGGUUUAUAGUGGAUUCCACCAGCACCAGCUGCUCAGUAAUAUACAGUGGUAAUGUAUUCUUGCACAUGGCCUCAAUCAUAGCAAACACUAACUGCUGCUUAGACGCCAUUUGUUAUUACUUUGUAAACCGGGAAUUUCAGGAGGCAUCGUCCAUGUUACCAAAGACAAAAUCUGUGAAGUCAGUGUCUAAUCACAGCUAAGGUUCAUCUCUCCAUAUGCCAUUGGAUAAUAUAAAAUAAUAUAAAACAGAAGUCCACU